AUGUCUAAUAGUUUAUCACCUACUGCUGCUGCAGCAGAAGACAAUGUUUCCGAUGAUGAAAAAGAGGACGAACAAGCAAAUAAUUCCAUUCAAAAGAAAGAAGAUGCCAAGGUUGAAAAAGAACUAGAUCGAGUGACUGAUCGUGUUGAUGAAGAAGAUCUUGGUUCGGAAAAAAUAGGAAAUGCUUUAACUGCCAUUAAUGACAAGCGUCACAUUGAUGAAUCAAAACGUAAAGCCGAACAAGCCGUUUUAGCUAAUGUUAAAAUUCGAAAAGAAGAUGUUGAACUUAUUAUUCAAGAACUUGAAUUACCAAGAUCGAAAGCUGAGAAAAUCUUACGUCAACAUCGUGGAGACGUUGUGGCUACAUUGAAGGCACUCGUCAACGCAUAA